AACGCACAAACGGCGUGUAAAUAUGACUCAAAUAGAGUUUCCCAUCUCCUCAAAAUUGGCUCCGAGCGCACGCAGCAGGAGAUAGACAUUUUUUUGUAAAAGAGCAUCUGAUUGGUCGAUUCGGUAGCCAUGUUUUUAACCUCCAGUUCCCUCUGUUGUUUUAGCUAGCUAGUUGUUUAUCCGGUUAGCCGUCGUCAUUUUUAUUGCUAUUUUUUUAAAGUCAGUUCGCAAACCCUUUCCUCUAAUUUUCCAAGAGAACUAACGUUAUGCCGGUGCACGCCCGCGAAAAGAAAGAAAGCAAUCACGAAGAAAUGGAGGUUGAUUUUCCUGAUCAAGACGCUAGCAGCACCGACGAAGAGGACACUGUAAGCUCUUCUGUAUCCGAAGAUGGAGACAGCUCGGAUAUGGACGAUGAGGACUGUGAGAGAAGACGAAUUGAAUGCAUGGACGAGAUGACUACCCUCGAGAAGCAAUUCGGCGACUUGAAAGAACAGUUGUACAAGGAGAGGCUAAGUCAGGUGGAUAUAAAGCUGAAGGAAGUGAUAGCUGGCUGUGCCCAAGAGUAUCUGGAACCACUGGCCAACCUGCAGGAGAAUAUGCAGAUCAGGACCAAAGUAGCUGAUGACCUACCUACCAGCUCCCUGGGGAUCUACAGAGAGCUGUGUCUGGAGUCUGUGAAGAACAAGUAUGACUGUGAAAUCCAGGCUGCCUGCCAACACUGGGAGAGUGAGAAGCUGCUGCUGUUCGACACGGUGCAGAGUGAGCUAGAGGAGAAGAUCAGACGCCUGGAGGAGGACCGACACAGCAUCGACAUCACCUCAGAACUUUGGAACGAUGGUUUACAUUCACGGAAGAACAAAAAGAGGGAUCCCUUCUGCCCUGCCAAGAAGAAGAAGCCUGUUGUUGUCUCCGGUCCGUAUAUUGUAUAUAUGCUGCAAGACCUGGAUAUACUUGAAGACUGGACAGCAAUACGAAAGGCACCACAGGCGAUGGCGUCGUUGGGUCCGCACAGGGUCAAGGUUGACGUCCCUGCCAAGGCUGACAGACACCACCAUGUGGUGAGGACUGAGGAGGGCAGACUGUUCUAUGACAGCCAGUGGUAUUGCAGAGGACAGGCCAUAUGCAUCAACAGGAAGGACCAAUACCCCACCAGCGCCAUGAUAACCACCAUUAACCAUGACGAGGUGUGGUUCAAACGGCAGGACGGCAGCAAGUCCAAGUUGUACAUCUCUCAGCUGCAGAAAGGCAAAUACACCAUCAAACACUCCUAAUGUCCCUCACGGCUUGCCGUACUUCCUCUCCCUGGAUAACAAAUAGUGAACUUCGGUGCCACGAUCCCGUCCCUUACUUUCAUUGCCGUAGGGGGAAACUACAUUAUGUCAAUGGUCUGGAGAGCUGUAGGUCAGGGUGGGUAGGGGUUGUACAAGGUUGGUGACGAACUACUGCUUUCUCUAAAUAUGUAUGUAUGUUACAAAUAUCUGCAAGACGUCCAAGUGUCGUUCCUCCUGGAAGAGAAAGAAGCAAAUGCUGCUAAGAAGGGAUGAGUUGCUGUUGAGAGUAGUGGUGGUGUUGUAGCAUGCCUUUUUAAACAAGAUGCCUACAGUCCUGAACUAACUCAGUGCAGUGAAGCCUUAAUUCCUACGGCCUGUGAGAACAGUACUAGGAUCAAGUCAAAGCGGGUCAUUUUUCUGUUGAGCGGGUGAGUAAAUGGAAACCUACAGUGUACCAUCCAGGUUAAGAAUCAACUAUUAGAAUUUCCUAAACAUUGAGAUUGCAUCUUUUACGCCGGCAGGCUGGCACAGCCAGUAGUAUGUUUGCCCUCUGUACAGAACCCUUGUUGAUUAUGAUGAGGGCCAGAAGAUCUCUGAGGCCUGGUUAAAGACUAGGGCUUGAGAACACUGUUGGAAACAUUGUCAGGAAAAACUCCUGGCCCUGAUUCUGUGUCAUGUCUUAACUUCACUGUGAACUCAGUAGCCAUCUGCCUCUUGUAGUGUACUUUUGGAGAAUCUCAAUUGCGUGUUCCUUGCGUCCUUUCGCCUCACCUCCCCCUCAAAACCGUUUGGAGGAGAAAGCCAGAGGUCCCUCCCCUCUGACCUUAUCCUCCAACGGGUGUUGAUGAGUUGUUGGGGAGAGUGGACACGAGGAGUACGCAAUUGAGAUUUCCCCCUGCGUUUUUCUGUGUCAUCUUCCCUCCCCUGUGAAGAACUCCCUGCGUCUCUAUGUUCGAACGAUGCUCUACCUUUUUCUCCUGUAGUGCGCACUUGUGCACUCCUCCCUACCCAUGCCAGAGGGAUCUGAUGACAUUGAGAAGGGUCAAAGUGUCUGGUUGUCGUACAAUCCCGUCCAUGCAAUCCCAUCCACUCUUUUGCACAUUAUUGGAUAGAGGGGAAAGUGUGUGUGUGUGUGUGUGUGUGUGUGUGUGUGUGUGUGUGUGUGUGUGUGUGUGUGUGUGUGUGUGUGUGUGUGUGUGUGUGUGUGUGUGUGUGUGUGUGUGUGUGUGUGUGUGUGUGUGGUAACGUACUGCUGGUUCAACCUCUAUGUGGUCAUGUGGUGCUUUACAUUCACAACAGCAUCACAUCUGUAUAAAAGUAUCAACUGCCAACAGUAUUGCAUUGAGAAGAUUCUCAACAUGUUAUGAAUUAUGUAGAGAUGUUACAAGCUGUAAUGUCGGGAGUAUUUGCAGUGUUGUGGAUUUGUUGUAUUUUUUUGCAGCUCACGAAGAAGGUCUGUCAUAAUACGAUUAGGUCAAAUGUUACAGUGCCAUGAAUUGAAACGUAGUAUUGCUUUUUGUCCUCGAGUUUUAUUUGUCAAGUAUGGAUUGUUAUUUUGUGUUUUUUUUGGGGGGGGGGGGGGGUUGUAGUAAGUCAUAACGCUCAGCCGCUACACUACGUUAUCUUUUCAUAUCAUGCGGGAGGGAAAUAUGAAUACAACUCUUGUCAUAGUGCCAAUGCAUGUACAGCAAAUUAAAUGUUUAAUUUUGUAGUAAACAUGUCACUUGCCUUCAUUUGUAACGAUUGAAGUCCCAUGAGGCAUUCAUAAAAAUAUAACUAUAUUUAUAGCCUUUGAUUGAAGCGAAAUAUGCUGGAUGGGAUGUUAGGGCCUAUCCUAAUUCAUUUUUAUAUUGUCUGUCAGAAAUAUAUAAUGUAUAAUGUGUUUGUUUGAAGUUGGUGCUCGGGUGGAGCAGUAUCUUGAUUUUCAUACUGUUUCUGUAGGGAGUAUAAAAUAUUACCAGAAGUGCACACAAAAGAUGCUAUUUAAAAAAUAAUAAAAAACAUUUACAAAAA